AUGACCAAAAAUAGGGAAGUUCUCAUCAUAAGUCGAAUCUUCUCUUUGCAGAUAUUACUUGCGCAACAGGCUCUCAAGAUGAAGCUUUUGGUGUGUCUUGUUUUUCUGAUCUCAAAUGCUGCUGCUGCGGUUCAAGAUCUUUCCGGAAAAAUGUUCACGUUCCCUCAACAAAGCAACACUGCCCACGUGAGGCUUUCACCGCCGCAAACGAGCUUCAGUGCUUUGACCGUCUGCCACAGAUCUUUCACAGACCUGAAACGGGACCACGGCCUCUUCUCUAUGUCUUUGCCCUCUAACGCCAAUGAGUUCCUGCUGUUUUACAAAAAUGAGGCCAAUGAAAUGCAGCCUCAUGUGAAGAUGGAUAAAGUUGGAUACGCAGGCGUGGAAUACAAACCCAACCAGUGGCACUCCAUCUGCACCACGUGGCAGUCCAGCUCAGGCCUGGUGCAGCUGUGGUUCAACGGGAAGCCACUGAUCCGGAAGUAUGUCAGCAACUCCCAAUCAGAGAUGUCCGGACGCUCCAUCAUCAUUUUAGGACAGGAGCAGGAUUCUCACGGAGGAGGCUUUGACCUGAAGCAGAGUUUUGUGGGGAUGAUGACCGACGUUCACAUGUGGGACUAUGUGCUGUCGUCUUGUGAGAUCCAGAAGUAUGUGUCCGGCCUCAGCUUCACCCCGGGGAACGUGCUCAACUGGGCGGCCCUGGACUUCCAGAUCAACGGACGAGUGCUGAUCGAGGAUAAACAAAUGUACUGCGAGUAA